CAUCGGGAGAGUGUGGGCUUGUCUAAUUAAAUAUGUAUAUGAUGUUGCGGGUUGUGCUCUCGGUGUUGUUGUGGAUUGUGUUAGUUGUGUUGUCCGUUGUUAUGUUAAUAUUUGGCUUUGUUAUUAUGAUGUUGCUGGUCAUGUUUUGGGUUGGUUUUAUGAUGGUGCGGGUUGGUGUUAUGAUAUUGUGGUUAGUUCUUAUGAUCGAUAAUGAUGAAUACAGGAAGUUGCAAGAAAAGAUAGAAAACUGCCAUUCCUUUGUUAAUACAAUAAUUACCUUUCAUCAUAUAAUGCAACGGGUUGUUCUUAUGAUAUUGUCGAGCAUGUCGCGGAUGUUGCGGAAUCAGCUGAAGAAGAAAAUGGCGAGAGUGAGGGAUAAUCUCACGAAGUUACAAGAAAGGCUAGAAAUGGCCUACCGCAAGUUGGAGUAUGCUGAUGAGGAGAUGAUGAUUGUCCCUCAUGGCACCACCAACACCUUGUUUCAUAAUUUGAGAGCUGUUUCUAAUGACUUGCAAGACAUCAGUGAUGAAUUAUCUAAGCUUGAGGAUAAAUUGGCGACAAUGGAUUACGAGGAACACUGGCUUUCUCUUUUCAUUAAUGUAUACCAGCACCUGAUCUAUUUUCCCCCACAAAUUAAGAGUCAAAAUAAAACUCUUAAAAUUAUUGGCUCUAGAUUGGAAGAGAUUUUCAAAUAA